UACACCGUCUUCUCCUCUCCAGCUUUAAUGGCGUGAGAGACCGUAUACGUGGUGUGAAUACCUACGGUUCCUCACUAAAAAAACCGUAUGCAAUCCUUCAAUCUUUGCAUGCUUCACCAAACUACACAAAAAAAGAAAACCCAAAACCUGAAUCACUUGUUUGCUUUGUUCUUCUUCACUCCAUGCAAAUUGAAAAUACUCCCAUCACCCAAAGACACCGCCCUUUUCUUCUUCUUCUUCUUCUUCUUCUUCUCGAUAUUUAUCUAUCUCGAUUCUUGAGUGCAGACCCAACUGUGAAUCUUCAUCUGAUAUGAAAUAUUUCGUUUCUUUCAAUCUGAUGUGGGUUUUCUGAUUCUGGGAUUGCUUUGAUUGUUUCUGUGUCUUCUUUUUUUUUACACCUUUCUUCUUUUGUUUUGAUUUUGGGGGAGUUGUGAUUGAGGAGAGUGGUGGAGGAAACAUGAAGGGUGAUGAGGAGCUUGAAAUGUUGUUGGAUGAGAUCCCUCAUGCCACAUCGCAUAAUCUGCAUCGUCUUCAUCAUCGUCAUCAUCAUCCUCAUCAUCAUACCUCUCAGCACCAUCAUCAACAUGAUGUUAACAGUCAUGUUUAUGAUGCUCCUGUCACUGCUUCAUUUGCCGCCACCAGGACAACUCGUGGCGGGAAUGAUGAUGAGCAAUCGAGGCAUUAUAAGUAUGCAUGUGCUUCGCCCGUAAGUGGUUUCUCUUUACAAUCAGAUGGUUCUUCUUCCAGUUUGUUCUCUGCCGGUCAUUCUUUCUCUGACAAUGGAUCACCAACUCCUCCCCCACUGGAGGAUUCCCUUAAAUCUCAUAUGCCCUAUGCUGCUUCUCAUUGCCCAGACGGAUUAUGGAUGGAUUCGAAAUUACCAGAUUCACUGGUUGGGAAAAAAGCCAAUGAGAGCGUGAUUGAUGAACUGAGUCUUUGCAGAAAUCUCAAUAAAAUGUACAUUACCAGGGAACAAGAGGAUUAUACUUUAAGGGAUUUUUCACUCAACUCCAAUGGGGUUCACUUUAACGAUCAAAUCAACUUUGAUGCAUACAGGACUCCCGCUAAUCUGAAGAAAGCGUAUGCUGAUCAUGUGAGAAUUCAGUCUCUACCUGAAGAAAAGAUGAAGAGUUUUCAUGGCGAGAUGAGUACGGCAUUGUCUGGAUUACAGGAGGAUUAUAAAGUAAAUAGUCCAUUAGGUUCACGAUUUUCCUCUGCUUUGUUUCCUAACAAGGAAUUGAAUUGUUGCAAUGGCCAAAUUGGUUCUAUAUGGCACAGAACAAAUGAGCAAACUAGUAACUAUCACCACCACAGAGGGAGUCCGGUUUCCAAUUUGAGUUCUUCAUUAGGCAGAAUUUCCGUGGCCGAUGCUUUGCUCUAUUCACAGCGAAAUGGAAUGAACUGGAAUGAAGAAACAGGUGGUUUAUUGAAUGUCCCAAUUUCUCCUCGGUUGACUCAACAAGGGCCUCAUUUGAAUGUUGAAAGUCUGAGACAAUAUGGCGUGCCUUUAUUUAAUGGCAGGGCUAAAGCACCUCCGAACAUCAAGUUCUCACGAGCAGACUUUGAUGCUUUUAAUGGUGAGGGCAGCUUCAUAAUUCAAGGAGAGGGUUUCAAUUACGUCACCAACAAGGGAGUUGAGUUUCCGAGGGUUUCAAACAGGGCUGCCUUGAACGAAAUUGGCAUGAGUAGGCGUCCAGAAAGGAGGUCACAGCUUAAUAACCAGUCUCAAAUGGCAGGAAUUUAUGCAAAUGCUCGUAGUGCCAAGUCUCUGCCAUUUAGAUGUAACUACUUGGCAGAAACUCGUGGGAAUAUCUACUUUAUAGCAAAGGAUCAACAUGGCUGCCGAUUCUUGCAGAAAGUGUUUGAUGAAGGCACCAAACAAGAUGUGCAGCUAAUAUUCAAUGAGAUAAUUGAUCAUGUGGUUGAGCUUAUGAUGAAUCCAUUCGGGAAUUAUCUUAUGCAGAAGUUAUUGGACGUGUGUACUGAGGAACAGAAAAUGCACAUUCUGCUAAUGGUUACUGAAGAACCUGGACAGCUUGUUCAGAUUUCUCUGAACACUCAUGGCACUCGGGUGGUGCAGAAGUUGAUUGAGACUCUCAAGACUAGGCAGCAGAUUUCACUAGUUAUAUCAGCUCUUGAACCGGGGUUUCUUGCUCUCAUCAAGGAUCUGAAUGGGAAUCAUGUUGUGCAGCGAUGCUUGCAAUGCCUUAGCAAUGAAGAUAACAAGUUUAUUUUUGUUUCUGCUGCAAAAUACUGUGUUGACAUUGCAACACAUCAGCAUGGCUGUUGUGUUCUUCAGCGCUGUAUCAGUCAUUCAAAUGGCCAGUAUCGAGAACACUUGGUUGCUGAAAUAUCAAAUAGUGGACUUCUGCUUGCUGAAGAUCCAUAUGGAAAUUAUGUUGUGCAGUUUAUCCUGGAGUUAAAGAUCCCAUCUGCUACGUCAAAUUUGAUUUCCCAAUUUGAAGGAAACUAUGUGCACCUGUCCACGCAGAAGUUCAGCAGCCAUGUGGUUGAAAGGUGCCUUCAAGUUUUUAAUAAUGAUGGCCGGUCGCAAAUCAUCCAUGAAUUGCUCUCUGUUUCUCAUUUUGAGCAGUUGCUUCAAGACCCACAUGCAAACUAUGUUAUUCAAGCAGGUCUUCGAUAUUCUGAGGGUUCUCUGUACAAUUUACUUGUUGAAACAAUCGAAGUCCAUAGAGCAGUCGCAAGAAACAGCCCCUACUCAAAGAGGAUUUUCUCUCAGAAGCUUCUGAAGAAGUGAUCUGCUUUCUCUCGCAGCCCCCCUUGGCCCUGUUGUUGUUUUGUGUUAAUACUAGCCUCUUUUCCACAAACUGAUACAAUUAUUAUGUAUCUACUACGAAAGUAGAUUCCACCAGGAAAUUAGCAGUCUGGUAAUGGAAAAAUUUUGUCUUUGCGAGGCCGCAUUUGAAAAUAGCUUCUCUGUGGUCUGUAAAAGAUGAAGCAAAUUUUGCUCCCACUAGUUUAAAUUUUUGGAUCUUGCGGGUAUUUGGUAGCUUGAAUUCUCACUGUAUGAUGAUUGUACAGUGUAUAGAAUGUAGGAUUCAAUUUCUGUUGCUGUACCAUAAAAUGUGGAUGCUUUCUCAAUAAUGUUUCCAUGCCAGUGAAAUUGAUGAUGAUUGGCCAAA